AUGAGUCGUCCAGAACACAUAGCCCCACCAGAAAUCUUUUAUGAUGAUACUGAAGCAAAGAAAUAUUCAUCAAAUUCACGUAUUAUCGAAAUUCAAAGUAAAAUGGCUGAAAGAGCUUUUGAAUUAUUAGCAAUUCCACAAGAAUCAGAAGGAUUAUUAUUUUUAGAUAUUGGUUGUGGUUCAGGUAUUAGUGGUGAUGUUUUAACAGAUUCAGGACAUCAAUGGAUUGGAUGCGAUAUUUCAUCAAGUAUGUUGGAUGUAGCAGUUGACAGAGAGGUUGAAGGUGAUGUAAUGUUAAGGGAUAUUGGUCAAGGUUUUCCUUUUAGACCAGGUACAUUUGAUGGUGCAAUUUCAAUUUCAGCUAUUCAAUGGCUUUGUAAUGCAGAGAAAUCACAUCACAACCCAAGAAAGAGACUUCAUGUAUUCUUUCAAUCAUUAUUUAAUGUUUUAGCAAGAGGUGCCAAAGCAAUCCUUCAAUUCUAUCCAGAGAAUGCCGCACAAAUCGAAAUGAUUACUGCAUCAGCACUUCGUUGUGGUUUUAGUGGUGGUCUUUUAAUCGAUUUCCCAAACAGUACCAAAGCAAAGAAAUACUUUUUAGUUUUAUUCACUGGUAAUAACUCUGUUAUGCCUGCUGCCAAAGGUAUUAAUGGUGAAAUCGAAAUGGAUGAAGAAGAAGAUUCAAAUGAAGUUAAAUUUACAAAUAGAAAACGUGAUAGAAGACGUGUUGGUAAAUCAAGGGGCAGUGCAUUAAAGAAGACUAAAGAAUGGAUUAUGAAUAAAAAAGAUAGACAAAGAAAACAAGGUAAAGAAGUUAAAAAUGAUUCUAAAUUCUCUGGUCGUAAAAGAGGUCCAAAGUUUUAA